GCGCUGCGCAUGCGCAGAGGGAGCGGCCAAGAUGGCGCUGCUGCGGCAAGCGUACGGGGCGCUGUUCCGCCGCACCUCCACCUUCGCGCUCACCAUCGUCCUGGGCGCCGUCCUCUUCGAGCGCGCCUUCGACCAGGGCGCCGACGCCAUCUUCGAUCACCUGAACGAGGGGAAGCUGUGGAAACACAUCAAGCACAAGUAUGAGCAGAGCGAGGACUGAAGUGCUCAGCAGCAGGACCCAGCCUGGGGUGGCAGGAGAUGCCGCAGAGAAUGGUUUGGCCUCCUGAAACUACUGUGUCAAAAUGGGAAUGGAUUCCUGAUAGAACAACUCCGAGCCAGAUUGUAUCAGCGCCCUAGUGAUGUCACGCACACCUAGAUGGAUUCCGGGAGUUCUGCUGCUGCACGGAAACUCGCGGCGUUAAAAUAAAUGAUUCAUGGUCUGUG